CUCAAUGGCCAACACCCCCGCCAUGGUGGGUGCCUCCACUCUCCACUCUCCAGCUCCCUGCCCCCAAACGCCCAAAGCCUUCUGCUACAAGUAUAGCUAUGUGCUGGGUCGAGCCCACGUCAAGUUUCUGCCAUCAAGCGUGCCAAUCACCGUCUCCGUGCGGUAUUCUCAUGUAGCUAUGUAGUGCGUCAGAAUGUCCUCUGGGAAUGUUUUUUUUGUGGGCGUUGCGGGCCUUUGUUAUUUGUAAGCGUUCACGUGGAGAUCCUCCGUGCACUCCCGUGCUUUCACCUCAGUCCGUGUGCUCCCUCAAAAAGAUCACAAUGCGCCGAUUCCGAUUCUUUCAUAUUCCUCUCCUCGUUGUCGGGAUCUGUGCGACAUGUCCAGACAUGGCACCCUCCUGCCUUGGUCUGGCAGCCAGACCUUCCCAUGCAUCUGGCGAAACCCUCAAAUGUUUCUUCCUUUCCCUUCCCCGAGUCUCCCAUAGUUUUACACAACAUUCAGCUUCCUCGUAUCAAUAUCAUUAGAAAACUCUUGCUUGUCGCAUCACUCCUUAAUUAAUAUUUGUCUUUCUCUCUACAUUUCGAACGC